UUCUCUUUCCCGUCUUUUCUGUAUCUUCGAUCUCUAUCUCCGCCAUGGAUGAAGAGUAUGAUGUUAUAGUGCUCGGAACCGGACUCAAAGAAUGCAUCCUGAGUGGCCUCCUCUCUGUCGAUGGACUCAAAGUGCUGCAUAUGGAUAGAAAUGACUAUUAUGGUGGAGAAUCCACAUCGCUUAAUCUUAAACAGCUUUGGCAGCGAUUCAGGGGCAAUGACAAUCCUCCAGAGCAUUUAGGCUCAAGCAAAGACUACAAUGUUGAUAUGAUCCCAAAGUUCAUGAUGGCCAAUGGAACUUUGGUUCGUGUUCUCAUCCAUACUAGUGUUACAAAAUAUCUGAAUUUCAAGGCAGUGGAUGGCAGUUAUGUUUACAAUAAAAAGAAGAUUCAUAAAGUACCAGCAAAUGAUGUGGAGGCUUUGAAAUCUCCCCUUAUGGGAUUGUUUGAGAAGCGGCGCGCUCGAAAGUUUUUCAUUUAUGUCCAAGACUUUGAUGAAAAUGAUCCGAAAUCUAAAGAAGGACUGGACCUUAACACAGUUACAGCAAAAGAACUCAUUUCGAAAUACGGGCUAGAUGACAACACAAUUGACUUCAUUGGCCAUGCUUUGGCGCUCUAUUUGGAUGAUGCUUACCUGAACCAGCCUGCAAUAGACUUUGUGAAAAGAAUGAAGCUAUACGCAGAGUCUUUAGCACGAUUUCAGGGUGGAUCCCCUUAUAUAUAUCCACUUUAUGGUCUGGGAGAGCUUCCUCAGGGAUUUGCCCGUUUGAGCGCUGUUUAUGGUGGUACCUACAUGCUCAACAAACCAGAAUGCAAGGUUGAGUUUGAUGAAAGUGGAAAGGUUGUGGGCGUGACCUCAGAAGGAGAGACAGCUAAAUGCAAGAAAGUUGUUUGUGAUCCUUCAUACUUACCCGACAAGGUGAAGAAGGUCGGGAAAGUGGCCCGUGCUAUAUGUAUUAUGAGCCAUCCGAUCCCAAAUACUAAUGACUCUUCGUCAGUCCAGGUUAUUCUGCCUCAGAAACAGCUUGACCGUAAAUCCGAUAUGUACCUUUUCUGCUGCUCCUACUCUCACAAUGUCGCUCCAAAAGGAAAAUACAUCGCUUUUGUUACCACAGAAGCAGAGACUGACAAUCCUGAAGUGGAAUUGAAGCCGGGCAUAGAUCUUCUUGGACCCACAGAUGAAAUAUUUUUUGACACUUACGAUAGAUAUGAACCAGACAAUCAAAGCGCUGAUGACAACUGCUUCAUAUCCACGAGCUAUGACGCAACGACCCAUUUCGAAACCACGGUGAGAGAUGUGAUUGCCAUGUACAGCAAGAUAACUGGAAAGGAGUUGGACCUGUCUGUUGAUCUGAGUGCUGCGAGUGCUGCCGAAGAAUAAAUUUGGGCAUCUUAGCGGUAAAAUU